AUUCAGGGCUGUUUCCACAUUUCGCUCAGUAUUUCAUUCUGGUCGUUGGAGACCAAUUUAGUGGCUAAAAAGGAGUCGGUUAGUCAAAAGCUGCACAUUUGUAGUCUAGUUUUCAGUCAAUAAAGUGUUUCGACGCUGUUCGCACGUUUGAAGGGUGUGCGAAAACCAUUACCAAUAUUGUUUUUUCUCUUUGGGUCUCGAAGAGCGAGGCUGUGUAGGGAACUGUCGUCGUGCCCCAUCGCUGGACCUGCGAAGAGGAGGAGCAAGGAUCGAACUUUGGGGUUCAGAAAGCACGACCGCUGGUUUUGUGGGGUGCUAGAGAGGUGUGGGAAAUGGAGACCGUGGAGGAGAUCACCGUCGGCAAAGUCAUCACUUGCAAAGCUGCUGUGGCGUGGGAACCAAAGGGCAAGUUCAUUGUACAGGAUGUGCAAGUGGAUCCCCCUCUGGCCAUGGAGGUCCGGAUCAAAGUGACACAUACUUCUCUGUGCCGCAGUGAUUUGUUCUUCUGGACGAAUGAGGCUCUGGGACACACAUUUCCCCGAAUUUUCGGUCACGAAGCAGCCGGAAUUGUUGAGAGCGUGGGUGAAGGAAUAGACGAUCUCAAACCUGGAGAUCACGUUCUUCCUGUUUUCACAGGCGAGUGCAAAGAGUGCAAGUACUGCGCGUCUCCCAAAACAAAUCUGUGUUCCAAAUUCGGCACGGAGUCCCUUGCAACGGGCAUGAAAGGUGACGGAAAGUCACGAUUUUCUGUCAAUGGCAAGCCGGUGUCGAGAUUUCUGGGUUCCACUUUCAGCGAGUAUACUGUGGUAGAGUACCCCUAUGUCGUGAAGAUAAAUCCCGUCGCACCCCUCGACAAAGUCUGCUUGCUCGGUUGCGGUGUUACAGCGGGCAUCGGGGCUGUGCGGAGGAUAGCACAACUUGAACCGGGGGCAACCAUCGCAGUGUUCGGUCUGGGCACCGUUGGCCUUUCAGUUGUGAAAGAGGCACAACGUCGAGGUGCUUCUCGCAUAAUUGGCGUGGACAUCAAUAUCAACAAGGCAGCCGAGGGCAAUUUUUUUGGCGUUACCGAUUUCUUCAAUCCAGACAAUUUAGACAAGCCUGUUGAGGAGGUCAUAAAAGAAUUGACAGGAGGCGGGGUAGAUUACGCGUUUGAGUGUGUAGGCAAUCCGAAAGUGAUGGCUACAGCAUUCGCAAGUUGUCAAGAUGGUUGGGGAACAACGAUUGUUUUGGGAGUCGCGGGGCCAGCCACUGUGUCCAUUCCCACACGCUCUUUGUUGACAGGCCGGUGCAUGAAAGGCACUCUGUAUGGAGGCUACAAGCCCAAAACCGACGUGCCCGCGCUUGUGGAGCAGUAUUUGCACAAGGACUUCGAUGUGGAGGAAUUCAUAACCCACAACUUGCCCUUCUCUCGUAUCAACGAUGCUUUUAAGCUCUUGCAGGCUGGAGAAUGCUUGCGCACCGUGUUGCACUACAAUGAAACAGUUAACUGAGAACUCCGAUUCGCUGAAACAUUGUUGAGAUUCAAUUUGAUGCUCCAAUUAGUUAGCGGAUGUGGUAUGAUCAUAGCCGACUUGUUUUCGAUUGAACCACUGGCAGCUCGACACUUCUCAGGCUGCCGUUUCGGCCUACUCUGAGGUGUAGAGUCGAUUCUAGUGAAUAUUGUCUUCACUUGUGUAAUUUGCAUACUUUCCCCAAAAAAUUCAGAGCACAGCAUCAACGUCCGGCGAAUUCAGAAGGCAAUAGUUCUGGAUCACAGCACUUGUUUGAAUCAACAUUCGAAUCUUGAGACCCUAAUCCAGGGAUGGCUGCUUGUGGAACUGAUUUUUCAUAGUUUAUACUUCAACAGUUGGCAUGGCUAUCAUAUAUGAGCUUUUGAAUACAUCUUGUAUACGAGGAAGAAUGGAUUUUACAUGAGAGACAAACAAUGGAGUGUUAAGCAAGGAGUAUUAAAGAUUCUUUCCUGGUAAACAUUUUCCCUUCAUUUUAUCAAAUAGAGUAUUAAUUUUGUUUUGUUGACAAGAAAUGUUUUUGAGUACUGAAUAUUGAAUAGGGUUUGUGCAGGGUAUAGAGAGGAAAUCUAUUCAGAGGUUAACUUGUAAGGAACAAUUUCUGUGUGCUGUGAUCUGAAUUUUGCUAGUAAUGCAUAAGGGACAAGAUAGUCACAAUGCUUUUAAUGUUAUCAAUGUUGUCUUAAUAAUAUCUAGCACAUUUAUUUUUU